GCCUCUGGAGCGGGAGCGGCGGCGGCGGCGGUGGCGAGGUUGGGGCUGCGGCGCGGGCGGCGGGUUCGCGGCCGGGGCGGGCGCCGCGGGCCGGAGCAGGAGGACCAGCACCUGGAGCCGGGGCGCAGUCCGCGGCUUCGGCACCAAGCGGCAGCUCGGCUGAGGCGGGGCGCGGGCACGCGGCCCGGCAGGACCGAGGACGGCGGGGCGGCAGGGCGCGGGCGCCGCGGGCCGGGGUGCGCCAGAUGAUGGAUCUGGGCAUCCUUCUAUGAAGAAAUGCCACGUGUCCCUACUGGUCCGAGAACAAACAUGUCCAGACUACUGCCACCUUAGGGGAUUAGGGCUUGGUGACAGCACUUCCCGGGGAAUCAGGCGUGGUCUGACCCAGGAACAGGAAGCACAUCAUCACCAAUGACAUCAUGACAGCAAGAGAGCACAGCCCUCGCCAUGGUGCCAGGGCCCGUGCGAUGCAACGGGCUUCCACCAUCGAUGUGGCUGCCGACAUGCUUGGCCUCUCUCUGGCAGGAAAUAUACAAGAUCCAGAUGAGCCCAUUUUAGAAUUCAGCUUAGCUUGCAGUGAGCUGCAUACUCCGUCACUAGAUCGAAAACCAAAUAGUUUUGUAGCAGUGAGUGUAACCACCCCUCCUCAGGCAUUCUGGACGAAGCACGCACAAACGGAGAUCAUCGAGGGAACCAACAAUCCUAUAUUUCUAAGCAGUAUUGCCUUCUUUCAAGACUCUCUUAUCAAUCAGAUGACGCAAAUCAAACUCUCCGUGUAUGAUGUCAAAGAUAGAUCUCAGGGAACAAUGUAUUUACUGGGCUCUGGAACAUUUGUUGUCAAAGAUCUGCUCCAGGACAGUCAUCAUAGGUUGCAUUUAACACUAAGGUCUGCAGAGAGUGACCGCGUGGGUAACAUCACUGUGAUCGGCUGGCAAAUGGAGGAGAAGUCAGACCAGCGGCCCCCUGUGACCCGGUCUCUGGACACCGUCAAUGGGAGGAUGGUUCUGCCUGUUGAUGAGAGCUUGACCGAGGCCUUGGGAAUCCGAUCCAAAUAUGCUUCUUUGCGAAAAGACACUUUACUGAAAUCGGUAUUCGGUGGCGCCAUCUGCCGCAUGUACCGGUUCCCCACCACCGACGGCAACCACCUGAGGAUCCUGGAGCAGAUGGCGGAGAGUGUGCUCUCCUUGCACGUGCCCCGGCAGUUUGUGAAGCUCCUGCUGGAAGAAGAUGCGGCCAGGGUGUGUGAACUGGAGGAGUUGGGGGAUCUGUCCCCUUGCUGGGAGAGCCUCCGACGCCAGAUUGUCACUCAGUAUCAGACUAUCAUCCUCAUAUACCAGGAGAACCUGACCGACCUCCAUCAAUACAAAGGUCCCUCCUUUAAAGCAAGCAGUUUGAAAGCAGAUAAAAAGUUAGAAUUUGUUCCCACAAACUUGCACAUACAAAGGAUGAGAGUUCAAGACGAUGGAGGAUCAGAUCAGAACUACGACAUCGUCACCAUCGGAGCGCCAGCAGCACACUGCCAAGGUUUUAAGUCAGGAGGUCUCCGUAAAAAGCUGCACAAAUUUGAAGAGACCAAGAAACACAGUUUUGAGGAGUGUUGUACAUCAUCCAGCUGCCAGUCCAUAAUCUAUAUACCACAGGACAUCGUCAGAGCCAAAGAGAUCAUUGCCCAGAUCAACACCCUGAAAACCCAAGUGAGUUACUAUGCAGAACGGCUCUCAAGGGCAGCCAAGGACAGGUCUGCCACUGGCCUCGAAAGAACACUUGCCAUCUUGGCAGACAAGACCCGGCAGCUGGUCACCGUCUGCGACUGCAAGCUGCUGGCCAACUCCAUCCAUGGGCUGAACGCGGCGCGGCCGGACUACAUUGCCUCCAAGGCCUCCCCCACCUCGACUGAGGAGGAGCAGGUGAUGCUCAGAAACGACCAGGACACCCUCAUGGCCAGGUGGACAGGGAGGAACAGCCGGUCUUCUCUGCAGGUGGACUGGCACGAGGAGGAAUGGGAGAAAGUGUGGCUGAAUGUUGACAAGAGCCUAGAGUGCAUCAUCCAGCGGGUGGACAAGCUGCUCCAGAAGGAGCGCCUGCAUGGCGAGGGCUGCGAGGACGUCUUCCCCUGCGCGGGCAGCUGCACGAGCAAGAAAGGUAAACGGGACAGCCACGCCUACUGGAUCAGACCGGAGGACCCCUUCUGCGAUGCCCCUUCCUCGCCAUGCCCCUCCACCAUGCCAUGUGCUGCAUGCCAUCCUCACCUGACCACACAUUGCAGCCCCCCUCCUGAAGAGUCCAGCCCAGGUGAAUGGAGCGAGGCCCUUUACCCCCUGCUGACCACCCUCACAGACUGCGUGGCCAUGAUGAGUGACAAGGCCAAGAAGGCAAUGGUCUUCCUGCUCAUGCAGGACAGCGCUCCCACCAUAGCCACGUACCUGAGCCUGCAGUACCGCCGCGACGUGGUCUUCUGCCAAACCCUGACCGCUCUCAUCUGUGGCUUCAUCAUCAAGCUGAGGAACUGCCUGCACGACGACGGCUUCCUGCGGCAGCUCUACACCAUCGGGCUGCUCGCCCAGUUUGAGAGCCUACUGAGCACCUACGGUGAGGAGCUGGCCAUGCUGGAGGACAUGAGCCUUGGAAUCAUGGACUUGAGGAAUGUGACCUUCAAAGUCACUCAGGCCACUUCUAAUGCCUCAACUGACAUGCUGCCCGUCAUCACUGGAAAUCGUGACGGGUUUAACGUGCGGAUCCCCCUGCCGGGCCCCUUGUUCGACGCCCUGCCCCGGGAGAUCCAGAGCGGCAUGCUGCUGCGGGUGCAGCCCGUCCUCUUCAAUGUGGGCAUCAACGAGCAGCAGACUCUGGCCGAGAGGUUUGGCGAUACAUCUUUACAAGAAGUCAUCAACGUGGAGAGUUUGGUGCGGUUAAAUUCCUACUUCGAGCAGUUUAAGGAAGUCUUGCCUGAGGAUUGCCUCCCUCGAUCUCGGAGCCAGACGUGCCUGCCAGAGCUGCUGCGCUUCCUGGGUCAGAACGUACACGCCAGGAAGAACAAGAACGUCGACAUUCUCUGGCAGGCUGCUGAGAUCUGCCGCCGCCUUAACGGGGUCCGGUUCACCAGCUGCAAGAGCGCCAAGGACCGCACGGCCAUGUCGGUGACGCUGGAGCAGUGCCUGAUCCUGCAACACGAGCACGGCAUGGCCCCGCAGGUCUUCACCCAGGCCCUGGAGUGCAUGCGCAGCAUUGGAACACGGGAGGUAGUCACCCAGAAGAACUUGAGCGGCCUGGUCCCCAUCCGAGACUUAAGACUAGACCCCAGCCUCCUCUGUUCCAUCCCUUUAUUAGCUCUGAGCCCCAAUUUACUGAUUGCGUGGCUCUGUCUGAGCAUAGCAUACCUGGUGGCCAAAUUGCGUUGCAAAUGAGUAUCAUUACAAAAAAUUAGUAGGAAGUCACAAGAAAAACAAAAGUGCCAGAAUAUGUACAGCCACCGGGUACCUAACUGGACAGAAGGAAUGUGCCAGAGCGUGGUCUGCCGAGAAAUAUUUCAUGCCUUACAGUUUGAUGUUUUGUUGUUCUGAACUGUAUACACCUGCCAAAUUAUUUCACCAAGAGGACUUGUUCGUUUAUAUUCUGUAGAGUUUUCAGUGCUUGUAACAUGUUUCUACAGUGCCCUGUUACUGCCUUGUUUAGCUGGCCUGGAAUUACUUGUACCAAAUCUCUUUCCUUCUGAUGUAAAACUAUUGAUUACCUGUAUAUCUCAUGAUGUGCCCUGUUUCCAAGAGAAAGGAAUUCUGUCUGAAAAGUAUUUGUAUAUUUGAUACUAUUCUUUAAAUGUACUACUAACCUUUCCUUUCCUUUUGAAGAGAAAUGAAAAGGAUAGACGCUUUCUAACUGGCUCAUCUAGAGAAACCUAUUUAAUAGGACAUGUACUUUCUGCUUUCAUUUCAAAGCGUAGUCCCUUAAAUUACAGUAGCAAACAGUUUGCAGAAUCAUAACGUUUCCUUGCUUAUGUUUAUUAUUUCCAAUUUGGGAUGACACAAAGCUGUGAAUACCAGAGCACAUUGUACCAAGUGAGGCACAUGAAGAGAACCUAUUGCAGGUGACUUUCGAUUUGCUCCUUUAGCUCUUGGAGGAUCAUUAAGUGAUUCCAGGAAUUAAUUAAUAUAGCAACCAAAGGCUGCUGAAGUUAUAUACAUUUACUUUUCUUUUGAAAAAUUGCAUCUUCAAAUUUCACAUUAAAGUCCAGACAUCUUUUCUCUCUUACAAAUCAAAUGUGGUUAAUAAUGAAAAAAAAAACAAAAGAAAGAAAAAUGACCGAAAAAUGAGGCCUAACUUUUGGGCAGUUGUGCCACCCCAGAUGGAGCUUUGAGACAGCGAGCUGCUUUGGUUUCUGCUGUUAUCACUCUUAAUUUUAACAAGGCAUUGUCCUAAAAUGAGACGACUGUGACCUUCACAUUCACAUUUGGCACAGGGGUAAUUGUGCACCUUUGAAGGUAACAGAAUAAAUUAGGGGGAAUUUGCACAGACCCUAUGUAAGAAAUACUCAGUGGCUUCUGCUUUCCAGUUCAAAUUAUGUUGUGCUUCUGUUUUUGACCUCCAGCUGCUUCUUCAUACACUGUAUUUAUGAAAGUGGAUUUCUUUUUACCAAUCUAGAAAAAUUAGAGUGAAUUUAGAGAAGCUGUCUUUUCCAGAAACUUGACACCCAUGCAUGCACACAAACUCAGUCCGGCACAAAAUCUGGGCUCUCCGUCCCCCUCCCAGGACUUCCAGAACUUCCUCUGGAUCCCUCUGGUUUGGCAUCAGAUCUGAGUUGGGUAUUAGGAAUUGUGAAGCAGUCAGCAAUGAAUGACAAAUGCUGGGCUCAGACUUUAAGCUGUGACCUGGAAGCUGCCCUCCCUACACCCUGGGACCCCCUUCUUGCCUGGACUUCUGAGCCCUGCAGGAGCCUCAGGGCAGGUGUCACACCUGUGGGUGAAUCCAGCCUUCCCACAAGAGGUGCUGAGUGGUCGCUCUGUCUUUCCUGGAAGAAAUGAGGUGGCUGAUCUGUGCACAGCGCCUGGCAUCCUUCAGUAGGGAGUCUUUCACUGAAGGCUAAGUGAUCGGUGAUGUUAAGUCGUGGCAGUGUGACACUAGUCACUAGUGAGGUCCCGUCCAGUCUGUGGUUCUCUGAGAGGUGCGUUCACACUGGCCCUCCUUUAGAUCGAGGUGCACGCAUCAAGUCUCUAAGACUCUUCUGUUUACUUUAUUUGAAGUAGGGAAGGUAGACUCCAUAGUCCAUUCAGUUCCUGUCCCUGCUCGGGGUAAAGUGCUCCUGACGCCCUACAGUGGUGACACGUGCUUGUGGCCACAUCUGGGCCAGGCGGACAUGCACAGAUGAGGGAGGCCUUUCUGACUACAGACAGCACCCCCUCCUCUUCUCCGGGCCCACGGGGGCUUCUCUGUCACACUCCAGACACUCCUCCCAGAACCCGACACACAGGAAAGGGAGGCUGUGCCAGCUAGAGAAGCCCCUCCCGGGGGACCUCAUGGACACCAUGGCCUGUUCCUUGGCUGUCGCGGUACAGCCAGGCCUUCCUGCCCGGUGUAGGUUUGGCUGUCAGGUCGAGAGAGAAAUGGGAUGGAAGGGAGAGAGAGGAUAAGGUUCUUUUUCCUCUUCAGGGCCAGGUCAAAAGGCAGUCGAUUCUAACUCUGCAGGCAUGAGGGGCAGCCCGAGAAAGGACACCGUGAGAUCAGUCUAGGCUGUGGGUGCUGGCAGUGGUUUUCUUUAGAAUAUCCCAGAAAAGAGACUCAGUAUGCUUGCCCCUUGUGGCGAGUUUUAAUGUCACUGAGGCCUUUUACUCAUGAAAUCAGGCUAAAUAUAUAUCCAAAAUCUUUUCUGCUUUAGUGAGAAAUAGGCAGGAUGAAACAAAGAUGGAAGGAUGAUUCAAGAAGGGAAGUUGUUGAUGUUUGGUGAUGGUGUUCUGGUUGCUUCUAGGCUCAUGCUAGUGCUGAGACCUUGUCGAUGGCAGCCAACUCUAGAUGCUCAGGAUCACUAAGACACCAAUGCAUCCAGAUGAGUUCUAAGGUGGAAGGGUCCUGCUGGAAAGGGAAAACCAGAGUGUCCCUAAAAUUAAUUGUCAUUUGGGUUUCCCUUCUAACUUUUAUUUAAAAAACAUAUGUCCUUCAAAAGAAAUAAUUUAUUGAUAUAAUAAAAAAAUAACCUUAUAGCUUUGAGAUAAUUAAUUCCCUUGUUCUAAAAUCUAUCCACAACCUUCUCAAUGUGUGUAACUGACUCCCCAAAAUUACGCAGCCAGUGUGCUCCAUGGGAGCGUUCUCCUUAGCGCAGAAGGCCGCCUCCGCAGCGGGAAGCGCUGUGCCCACAGCACGCCCUCUCCUGCUCUCCAUCCCUUGGUCCCAGCACUGGGCAGAGCUUGUGGAAACAGAAACACGCGAUGAUGGUGUCAGCGUGCCAUCAGCCCCACCGGGCAGAUUUUGUAAAUUCAAAUCAUUCAAACGUUUGAGGAAAAGUAAAUACAAUUUGCUUCAAAAAUUAAAUUGAAAUAAAAGUGUAAUCUGGAUUAUAACUUCAUGUAUAAUGUAUUUAGCCAGCUAAACCAGUAUUUAGCUUCUUUAACACAUAAAUAAAAGAUAAUGUUGAAGUUUACAAAUUAUUAUUCUUCGCUCCUCAAAGCAGUUUGGCAUUUACUGGUGGUAGGUGGUUUUUGAGAAGUGUGUACAUUUAUAUAUAAAUGGAAAAGCCAUAUCUGAAAUAGUCCAAUAAUGUGAGCGCUUCCAAAGAUUAAACAAGACUAACUGUGCAUAGGAACCUAUAGCUUCUGCUUUAAAUGGAAUUAUAUUUUUAUCCAGUUAUUGGAUGUUAGACAGACGUGGUCAUUAUUUGCUCCAGGGGCUGCCUGCUCAUAUGACAUAGGCGUUCAGCUCAGAUGAUACACAUCUAGCUGAGGGCCUGAGGCUCUGGUGACAAGAAAGCAUUCUUGGGUUCCUAAAUUAUGUAAUAACAAGCAGGUGGAUACUUUUCUAAUACCUGAGCUUAUCUUUUGAAUAAAAUUAGUCUUACCAAAAAUAUUUUACAUGUUCUUGAUAAUGAGACUGUCGUUUUCACUUGAAAAGCCUUCAGCAAUUGCCACUGAUAUUUUUUUAAAAUGCAUGACAUAUGGUCUUCAUACAAUGUGAAAUAUUUUUUUUAAAUCACUGUUUCUUGGUAACUGCAAAUUUUACAUCUCAUAAGGGGGAUUUUUUACUAAAUUUCAUAACUAGUUGAUUUAAUUGCUAGUCUUAGAAUAAUAUAAAAAUAUAAAGUUAUACUAUGCUAUAGGAAGUCAUUUAUAUUUAGAAUCACUUUUGCCUGUUAAUUUUAUGUCUACACCAGAACAUUUCCCAGAGAACUCCUCUGAUGCUCUCAUUUGGGAAUAUGAGGCCUGCCUGAUGGCUCAUCCUCCUCUUCAGCAUUUGCUUUGCCUACUGGGUUGCCAUGACAACCCUCCAUCAAAUGCAGCAGGAGAUGAUGCUGGUAGCAGAUUCUCUAGGGAAGGGCACCUGUGGGCUCUCACUGGCUCAGUGGCAUUCUUGUGAAAGGCGACCACAAUGAGGGCAGCCCAUCUGGAGAAAGUGGGAGGUUGGCUGCCACCAGGAGACCUCGGUGGGGCCACUCCUUCAUGACACUCCAGUCCUGAGAGCCAUGCAGGCCCACUGGAUUGCUCUGCACCCAGCACAGCUGGCUCCUAGGUGGAGACAGCAUGUCAGAGCAGCGUUCUCAGCCAGAUGGCUUGGCCACACGUUGAAUCCUACAAGGAAAACCAGCAUUUUGAAUUUGAGGUGAUUAACAGCUGUUGCUAAUAUAGAAAAAUGUAGCUCUUUAAAGGCUUUUCUAAGAGUAGUGCUAUUUAAUUUGCUGUGUAACAGAACCUUUGAACCACUAGUUAUAAUAGAAUCCUCAAUAACUAGACAUAAAAUACAUGAAACCACCAACUUAAAAAAAGAAGUUUGCUUCCACUUAGAUCCAGUGCUGCGUUUGGAAGUGCACAGCUUGCAGUCCCGUACAGCAUGUGUCCAUGUCUGUGCUGCUUGCCUGCCUUGUCCAGAAACCCCACGUCACAUGUGUAUUGUUGUAAAUGAGUCUGGCACCCAUUAAGAUUAAUCAGCCUUUUUUUUUAAUGCUAUGAAAAUAAUCAGUUCAUUUCAUCUUAGUUUAAGUCUUUUCUUUUUUCCUUUUUUACUGCUGUCAUUUCUUGUGCUUGUUUUUU